AUGAAAGUGAACGGCGGUGGAGCGCCCUGCUCGCUGGUGGCCUGCGCCGUGGUCUGCCUGGUGGCCACGCCCGGGGGCAGCGCCUGCCCGCGCCGCUGCGCCUGCUACGUUCCCGCCGAGGUCCACUGCACGUUCCGGUACCUGACCUCCAUCCCGGAGCGCAUCCCGCCGGACGUGCAGCGCAUCAACCUAGGGUACAACAGCCUGGUCCGACUGACGGAGACCGACUUCCUUGGCCUGGGCAAGCUGCAGCUGCUGAUGCUGCACAGCAACAGCAUCCACACAAUCCCGGCGAGGACCUUCUCGGACUUGGGGGCCCUGCAGGUCUUAAAAAUGAGCUACAACAAAGUCCAACGACUUCAGAAGGAUACUUUCGCUGGCCUCAAGAGCUUAACUCGGUUGCACAUGGACCACAACACUAUCGAGUUUAUCCACCCUGAGGUCUUCCACGGGCUCACCGCCCUCCGGCUGGUGCAGCUGGAAGGGAAUCGGCUCACCAAGCUCCACCCGGAUACAUUUGUCGCCCUGCGCUACCUCCAGAUUUUUAAAAUAUCCUUCCUUAAGUACCUGUACUUGUCCGAUAACUUUCUGAGCACCCUCCCCGAAGAGACGGUCUCCUGCAUGCCCGAGCUGGAAAGCCUUUACCUGCACGGGAACCCCUGGACCUGUGACUGCCGUCUGCAGUGGCUGGCGGUCUGGAUGCAGGAGAAGCCAGAUGUCAUAAAAUGCAAGAAGGACAGAGGUGCCUCCGGUGCCCAGCAGUGUCCCCUCUGCACGAACCCCAGGGCCUCCACGGGCCAGCCCUUGGCCACCGUCCCCGCUGCCGCGUUCCUGUGUGUCAGGCCGACCAUCGACCCCUCCCUGAAGCGGAGACACCCGACUGUCCUGGAAGACGGCGGUUCUAUGUCCGUCUCUCCCCAAGACUUCAUGGCACCCUUGGGCUCCCUCACGUUAAACCUGACAGACCAGUCUGGAAACGAAGCGAACAUGGCCUGUCGCAUCCAAAGACCCUGGAGGACCACGUUCCGGGCAGUCGCCGAAGACAGUGACCACAUCAGUCUGAACACCUCGUUUUCCACGUUUCUGGUGUGCCACCUGGAUCACAGUCACAUUCAGCCCGUGUGGCAAAUCCUGGCUCUGUACAGCGACACCCCCCUGGUACUAGACAGAAGCCACCUGCUCACGGACAGGCCGCCACUCGGCUACCGGUAUCAGCAGGUGGCGCCCAGGCGGGAAGAUCUGUUCACCGGCGUCCAGGUGGACCUCAGCGCGGAUCCCGCGUGGGUAAUGCAAGCCCACGUCGCCCUGCAGCUCCACAGAGCCGCCACCACCCGCAGCACACUGCACAUCCAGUUCUCCAGCGACGCCCAGGUCACCUUGCCAAAGUCAGACCCGGGGCCCGCGAGGCACGCGUGGACCAUGAUUGCGCGGGACCGCGACGCCAAGCUGGAACGCACGGUGGUGGCGGGCGAGACCCUUGCCCUCGACUGCCCGGGUCACGGGGACCCCGCCCCGCGUCUGGAGUGGCUGCUGGCGGACGGCAGCCGCGUGGGAGCCCCGCGCGUGAGCGAGGACGGCCGGGUCCUGGUAGACCGCAGCGGAAAACUCGAGCUCCGGGGCGCGGAUGGUCUCCACACCGGCACUUACAGCUGCGUAAGCACCAACGGCGCGGACGCGGACAUUCUCACCUACAGGGUGACCGUGGUUGAGCCCGGCAUGGAGCCCCUCCACGAAAACGGGGCGCCUCACACCGUGGUCGCUGGUGAGACCCUGGACCUUCCGUGCCGGGCUACGGGGGUCCCCGAUGCCUCAGUGAGCUGGGUUCUCCCAGGAAACGUGGUGCUGUCCCAGUCCUCAGCGGACAGGCAGAUCCUCAACGGCACCCUGAGAAUAUUCCAGGUCACCCCCAAAGACCAGGGUCAUUACCGCUGUGUGGCGGCCAACCCGUCAGGGGUCGACUUCUUGAUCACCCACGUUUCCGUCAAAACGGAGGGGCCCCGCCCAGUAGAGCAUCAGGUGGGAACAGAGGGAUCCGGCUCGGAGGACCCUGACCCCACGGGGCACCCGGAGGCGCCACCAGCUGCCCAGCCGCCCACGACUGCUCCGCCCGGGGCCGAGGCGGGGAAACACGUCCUGAGCACCCGUCAGGGGCACGGCUACCGGGAGGUGCGACACGGGCGGCGUGGAGAGCCCACGACGCGUCGCUUCAGGGAGCAGAGGCGGCAGUUCCCGCCCUCCGCGCGGAGGGUCGACCCGCGACACUGGGCCGCCCUUCUUGAGAAGGCAAAAAGGAGAACCACGCCACAGGGGCGAGCGAACCCCACCGCCAGGCCCCCCCCACGGGUCACCUGGCUCCGGAAAGGCCCCAGUGAGGACGUGGGCUCCUCGGGCAUGCUCCCUCCAGACCAGGGCUCCGUGGCCCUGGCUCAGGUCCCCAGUGUUCAGGCCACGAGGGCGCCUGCCGGAUCCGGGGGGACACCUGGCGGCCCUGUGGCGGGAGCCUCCCCCGCGGUCAGUCCGCGCCUCCUCCCCCCUGGGAAACCAACGGGUUUCAAAGCACCUGCUCCUGUGACAACUACAGAGAACACAAGCCCGGCCGCCUCCAGCAAACUGCAGGACACGCCCCGCCACAGCCCUUCCUCCGUCCCUCCUCCAACACCCCAGACAGCUCGGUUUCAGGGCGCCCCCGACCUGGGGGGCAGGAGGGAACGUCUGCAAAGGGUGCCCCCAGAAACAGCGGGGGUGCUCACCAUAGAGGUCGAUGCCGCAAGGCUCGGUUCUGCUGAGAGCAAAGCUGAUCAAUUCUUUGGGCCAGAAAAGGCCGCGCAUGGAGGCCAGACCGCAGGCCCGGGGGACCGCGAGCCCCGAAGCUACGGUCUCUCCGCUCACGCUGCUGGCGAGCUGAGCACAGCAAGGCUCCCGCCAGGCCCACGCGGCGCUGCUCACGCACCUGGAAACAGCACCCCUGACACCCCCCUCUCCAGCCGCCUCGGCAGACGGAGGAAGGUUUGGGGGCGGAGGCGCAUUGUGAGCCCACUCAGAACCCCGGCCCUCCCGCGGCACAGGUACGCCCUCCUGAGGCCGGCAGCCAGGGGUUCUGAGCAGAGCACCCCAGGGCUCAGCGGGUGUCCCUCCUGCACUCCCACCCCUGGGGGAGCCACGUCCCCUCCUCCCACACCUGCCCCCAUCAUCCUCCCCGAAGCUGACCUCGCCAGGGCCACCGCAGCUGACCCUACAACCCUAGUCCCCAGCCAGUUGCUGGCACCUGGUGACAAACCCAGUGCGGAUGUUGAGAGAACAACACCCACAGUGAAGUAUGUCGGUGCCCAGAGCGCCCGCGUGACUCCAACUGGGCCGGUCAGGACUCAGGCCCCAACCUCUGUAACUGUGGAAAAAGCUCGUAGAACACACGCGGGUGACCCGGGGGCGUCUAACAGGAGUGAAGCAAAACAAGAUUCGGGGAGCCUACCGCCACCUCCGGGCCCCACCCGCGGCCCCCCGACGCCUGCGGCUCCGGCCACCACAGGAUUUUCAAGAGGGAAAAUUCCCUGGUGGCAGACCUUUGUCGACAACCAGGUCCCGGCGGAGGGGCCACAGGGUCAUUGUCCGCUUGGUUCAGGUGGACACGAAGCCACGGUGCUUCCUCUGGCACCUCCUUUCCCCACCGAUCGGGUCUCCCCCUUUCCUGCCGCACACUCAGCAAACGCGAUGACAGUUCCACCUGUGACGCUGGCUGCAACUCACCCCAGAGCCACGGAAACACACGGUCCUCAAAGCCUCCCCACCGGGCAGACGCUGCCCUCCCCGCCCCUGCACCCCACGCCCCCCAGUAGCUCUGAGGCAGCGUCCACUGUGCAGGUCACAGCCGCGACGACAGCGCCUCCUAGUGCCCCGGCAUCGGUCACUAUCAAUAAAACCCAAAUCGCCAGACCCCAGGCACGAAAAGCGGGAAGCGAAAGGGAUCCCCAGAGCAGGAGGGACCCCGACAGCUCCCCUGGCCCCAGGCCUGGCUUCACUCCACCCCCCGUGGUGACACUUCCUGUCCCAACCCGAGUGGAACCUGCAGCCCUGCCCAGUGUCUCUGCCUUCACGCGUCCCCCCCUGGAAGACGCAAGAACUUCAAGCGCAGUUGAUCUUUAUCCAAGGACACUUGACAGGACGGAUGUAAGUGAGGGGCCAUCCCAAGAGGCUCCUCAGACGUCGAAGAGCAGAGCUGCUCCUGAGAGACUGUCGUCCAGCAAAGCACAGCAGAGGCCUGCAGCCCGGGCCGCCGCCACCCGACGUCCAGCCCUGCCAGCGCUCGGGGGCCUCAGGGCCACUCCGAUGCCAACCCCCACGUCCCCUCCCGGCAGCAAUCAAAGCGCAGUCACUAACAACCUGGCGACUCCCGCUCCCCAGCUGCUGGCCGGCACAGAGGUCAAGCCGCAGGGCCCUUCGAGGCACGAGGCUGACCCGGGGCACUCCGCCGCAGGGGUCGCGACAUCCCCCAAAGCUCACCCCAGUGCCAAGUUCACAGCUGGGACCACCUACUUCAUCCACUCCGCUCGGCUACAUUCCGCUCCGGAGCCAGCGCUGGUAACAGCGAAACCUCUGAGUUCUACGUCGACUCCGUCUCUCUGGUCAGAAAACCAGGUCUGGCCGAAGUCCUACCCGGAGAGCGCCCCAAAAGACAGAGAGCCGGGGCUGAGCACGCUGCCUAGGCCAGAGGACACCUCUCAGGCUUCCAACUGGGACAUGCAGAAGCCUGCCGAGAAGGGGGGCUUUGAUAAGACACCGGUCCAAAAAUUAUCCAUUUCCAAACGCCCUCCCUUUGCGCCUCUGCCCAGGAACAGAUGGGAAAGGCCCAGAAUCCUCGGAGGAAGAGCGGCCAGUUUUACGGUCCCGGCUGACUCGGAUGCCUCCCUUCCGUGUGUGGCUGUGGGCAGCCCCCUGCCCACCAUCCACUGGAGCAGAGUCUCACCAGGCGUUGGUCUGUCUGCAGGGAAGCAGGACAGCAGGCUCCAGGUGUUCCCCAAUGGCACCCUGUCCAUCCGGCGGGUGGACGUUCAGGACCGAGGACAGUACCUGUGCUCAGCAGCCAAUCCGCUGGGCAAAGACCACCUUCACGUCACCUUGUCCGUGGUUUCCUACCCCCCCAGGAUCGUGGAGAGACACGCCAGAGAGAUCACGGUCCAUUCCGGGAGCUCCGUGGAGUUGCCGUGUGGCGCCGAAGGGAGGCCGAGGCCUUCGAUCUCCUGGAUCCUCGCGAACCACACGGCGGUCUCCGAAUCAUCCGAGGGGAACCGGCAGGCCCAGGUGACAUCCGACGGGACCCUGGUCAUCCGCAACCUCAGCGUUUACGACCGCGGCGUGUACAAAUGCGUGGCCAGCAACUCCGCCGGCCAGGACUCCCGGCUGGUGAAGGUACAAGUCAUCGCGGCCCCUCCUGUCAUCCUAGAGCCCAGGAGGCAGGUCGUGGCCGGGACUUGGGGGGCGAGUCUGACGCUGCCCUGUACUGCGACAGGGAGCCCGCAGCCCAGGGUGCACUGGGUUCUCUCCGACGGCACCGAAGUGAAGCCGUUGCAGUUCAUCGACUCCAACGUGUUCCUGUUUUCCAACGGGACGCUGUCCCUCAGACACGUGGCCGCCUCGGACGGCGGCACGUACGAAUGCAUCGCGACCAGCUCCACCGGCUCCGACAGGAGGGUGGUGACUCUCACAAUGGAAGAGCAGGAGACCUUCCCCAGGAUAGAGUUCGCGUCCCAGACGUGGAAUGAGGUGAACUUUGGGGAUAAACUGCUACUGAACUGCUCGGCCAGCGGCGAACCCAAACCUAAAAUAAUGUGGAGGCUGCCAUCCAGGGCCGUCGUGGACCAGUGGCACAGAAUGGGCAGCCGGAUCCACGUCUACCCAAACGGGUCCCUGUUCAUCGGCUCAGUCACGGAGAAGGACGGCGGCGACUACUUGUGCGUGGCCAGGAACAAGAUCGGGGACGACCUGUCGCUGAUGCACGUCAGCCUCACACUGAAACCCGCCAGGAUCGACCGCCAGCAGCCGGUGGAAACGCAGGUGCUCCACGGGAGGGCCUUCCAGGUGGACUGCCAGGCGUCGGGCUCACCGGCGCCCCACGUAUCCUGGAGCCUGCCCGACGGCACCAGGGUCAACAGGGCCCUGCAGGCGGCCGACGGCGGCCGGCGCGCCAGGAGGUACACGCUGUUCGACAACGGCACCUUGUACUUCAACCAGGUGGGGGUCGCGGAGGAAGGGGAUUACACCUGCCACGCCCAGAACACGCUAGGGAAGGACGAGAUGAAGGUCCACCUGACAGUCGUCACCGCGGCCCCCCGGAUCAGGCCGGGCCUCAAGGCCAACCCGAGAGUCAGGGCCGGAGACACAGCCGUCCUCGACUGUGAGGUGGUCGGGGAGCCCAGACCGAAAGUGUUCUGGCUGCUGCCUUCCCAUGAAACGGUUGCGUUCUCCAAGGACAGGUACACCUUUCAUGCCAACGGGUCUUUGUCCAUCAGCCACGUCCAACUGCUCGAUUCCGGGGAGUACGUGUGUGUCGCCCGGAACCCCAGCGGGGAUGCCACCAGGCCAUACACCCUGGAGGUCGUCUCCCGGCCUCCGCUCAUCAACGGUCUGUACACCAACACGACCGUCAUUAAAGCCACGGCCGUGCGGCAUUCCAAGAAGCACUUUGAUUGCAGGGCGGAAGGGACACCGGCGCCCCAGGUCACGUGGAUCAUGCCCGACAACGUGCUCCUCACGGCCCCCUACCACGGGGGCAGGGUCACCGUGCAUGAGAACGGCACCCUGGAGAUCAGGAACGUGCGGCUCUCGGACGCGGCCGAGUUCACGUGCGUGGCCCGGAACGAGGGCGGGGAGAGCGUGCUGGUGGUGCGGCUGCAGGUGUCGGAAAUGCUCAGGCGACCCACCUUCAGAAGCCCCUUCAACGAGAAGGUGGUCGCGCAGCUUGGCCAGCCCACAGCGCUGAACUGCUCUGUGGACGGCAACCCGCCGCCUGAGGUCAUCUGGGUUUUACCCAACGGCACGCAGUUUCCCAGAGGGCCACACGGGCCGCAGCACCGGCUGGCGAGCAACGGCUCCCUGAUGAUCCACAAGGCGACCCGGGACGACGCGGGCAAGUACCGCUGCGGGGCGAGAAAUCAAGUCGGCUACAUCGAGAAAUUAAUUGUGCUGGAGGUCGGCCAGAAGCCCGUCAUCCUGACUGACGCCCUGGGCACGGUCCACGGCAUCAGCGGGGACUCGCUCGCCCUGCACUGUGUGUCCGACGGAAGCCCGAAGCCGCAUGUCAAAUGGACGGUACCGAGCGGCCAUACAAUAGACAGGCCUCAAGUUAGCGGGAAAUACGUAUUGCACGAAAAUGGCACCUUGGUCAUCAAAGAGGCCACAGCGUAUGACAGAGGGAACUACGUGUGCAGGGCCCAGAACAGCGCCGGCCAUGCCGUGAUCGCUGUCCCCGUGACGGUCGUGGCCUACCCUCCCCGAAUUACCAGUCGCCCGCCCCGGAGCGUCCUCACCAGGACCGGGGCAGCUGUGCGGCUCCCCUGUGUGGCCCUGGGGGUGCCCAAGCCGGAAGUCACGUGGGAGAGGCCGGGCCACUCCCUGCUGUCCGUGGCCGGCCCGGGGAGGACACGCGGGGAGGGGCUUCCCCACCCGCCAGGCACCCUCGUCAUCCGGAGUCCGCGGGCCUCGGAUUCCGGCUUCUACCGAUGCACAGCCAGGAACGCGCUCGGGAGCGACUCCGUAACCACAUACAUGCAGGUGAUCUGA